AGGACAAAUUGUUACCAAUGGCAGUAAAACAUGUUUUCUGGAGGUCAAGAUCUCAUGUACUAAUCGGCUCUCAUUCAUCAGGGACCUAACAAAUAAGUCAUCUUGCCGUUUAUCGAGACAAUGCUUGAGUUUAAAACCAUUCUGGAAAUGAUCAAAGCAGUAUCACAAUGUGACACUGUCAGGAGACAGCAGGCAGCUUGAGAAUUGUUUAUUAAUCAAACAGCAACUUGAAAGAAGCCCCUUUCCAUUACAUAAACUGCAUGGCCAGCAGCCUCCAUUAGAGGGUUGAAAAUGAGUGUCCCAGUGGCUCCAAAGAAAUCAUGUUACACUCAGUUGCGGGAUAACAGAAAUGGAGCAAAAAAUAAUAAUGAGAGUAUCCUAAGUCUAGGCGAUACAAAUGCCAAUCAAAUCAUGUUGGAGGUCAGUUCUUCUCAUUAUGACUCUGAGACAUGUGACCUGACAGAUGAAAUUGGAAAUGCAAAUUCAAGCAAGCCAGAAAAUAGUACUCUUUUCAAUAAGGGAUUUCAUCAACCUCAGGACUUUGGAAAAAGAUCUCAGCCUGGCUCCACUGGCUUGAAAGAUUUUAAAUUUUCUUUGACUGUUCAUAAAGAGCUAGAUGAAGAGCACACAAUGGAGAGAGGUACAGACAUCUCACAGACCUCACAGAGUAUAGAGGGGCCAUACCUGUCCAGUGGGAGGAAUGUUAUGGGUGAGGCCAGUCCAGAAGUUUUGGUGAAAAGAGAUGCUGAACUUCCCCGGCAUGUUCCCAAGGAUAAACUGGCAAAGACUCUUGACAAUGAAGAAUUGAGAAGGCAUUCUUUGGAGAGAGCUGGCAGCUCUGCUGGUAUGGGGGAUAUACUCAUGAGGGAACACGUUGGGAGCCUGACAUGGCAGCUUUCACAGCCUGUACUUCUGCACUUCCCGGAAACUCCUCGCCAUGUGCCAGGUGGUGAGGAGGGACUUCAAAAGACACUGACAGUCCAUUCUGUAGGGGCAGGUUUUCCUCCACUUGACAGUACCUCAGAGGGAAAGAGUGUAUGUCAUCCUAUACCAUCUACCUCAGAAACCAAGGAGUCCACCCCCUUAGAAGACCAGAUGAAGGAGGGGCGUGGGCUGAAAGUUGGCAGAGAGAGCACAUCACAUUCUUCCCAUCCAGAGCCUGCUCUGAAUUCAGGCUUUGAGGAAGGCCUGAAUAAGCCAGAAGCACAUUUAGGUCAGGGAAAGGGAGAGCUGACAUUUGCUCAACCAAGGACCAUGCAGGGAUUGAAGUCAGCCCAGGCAGAGUGUCUGGGAUGUCCUAAGGAAGAGAGUAUAAUACCCCUAAAGAGAGAAGAACCAUGUGGGGAACCACACCGUGAGGUCACCACUGGGGCACUUAGCAGUCUGUCACUCAGUGGUCUCCACCUUGGUGUGGGAAGAGGCAGGUGUGAGCAAGAGAAGCUAACAGUCAAUGUAGGUGAAGAGGGUUCUCUUCACAGCACCCCAAGACAAGGCCCUGCUGCCUUCAGGCAUGAUGAUAACCAACCCACUGGCAAAAUUUCACCAAGUGCAGCUGGGAAAUUGGAUGAAAAGUCACCCAGCAGCAUUUCCCCAGGUAAUGGUCAUGUAGAUUUUAUUCCUAAUGAGCCUGCUGAUAGCAGACCCUUGGGUGCUGGUGAGGAGAGAGACGACAUGGACAAUGCUAUGUUCCCCCCCCCAGAUCCUUCUGUUGGAGAAAGCAAAAUUGGGGUCUCAAAGCACCUUGACCCUCAAAGCAGCAGCUCAGAAGCAGGGGAAAACAAAGAGAUUACUCCAACUGUUGGUGAAAAUAGGAACCUUCUCGAAAACACAACUAAGACUGAAAGCACUCCAGAGAGAACAGCUUCCCUUCUCAGUGUCCCAGCACUCCUUCACCCAGAGACAACUGUGAAUGUGACCCUACAGCCUACACUUCCCAGUAGCAGCUUCCAGGACUUUGGUGUGUUGGGUGUGAACACAGGAUCAUCCUCUGUUUCUUCACCUUCCACCGACACCACGCGGUUGAUGAACACUUGCCCAAAAGUGCCUGACAAGAACACCUGUCAAAGUGGGAUCCCUAAGUCUGUCUUUCCACAUUCCGAGGACACACCUUCCUCACAGCAGGGAAUAGAGAACCAUCAGGUUGAAAAAACAGAAGAAAGGACAGAACCCAAGUCUAUUGUUAUGCCCAAACCCAAGCAUGUGAGACCCAAGAUCAUCACCUACAUCAGGAGGAACCCUCAGGCCCUAAGUCAGGUGGACACUUCACUGGUUCCAGUGGGUCUCCCUUAUGCCCCACCCACAUGUAGCAUGCCACUUCCCAAAGAGGAGAAGGCAGCCAGUGGCGAUCUGAAGCCAUCUACCAGCCUCUACGAGAAGUACAAGCCAGACCUCCAGAAGCCUAGGGUCUUCAGCUCUGGGUUGAUGGUGUCUGGAAUCAAACCCCCGGGACACCAUUUCAGUCAAAUGAGUGAAAAGUUCUUGCAGGAGGUUACGGAACGCCCUGGAAAAGAAGAAUUUUGCUCUCCUUCCUAUGCUCACUAUGAAGUUCCUCCAACUUUCUACCGGUCUGCCAUGCUCCUUAAGCCCCAGCUGGGGUUGGGGGCAAUGUCCCGUUUGCCAUCUACAAAGAGCAGGAUUCUCAUUGCAAGUCAAAGAUCUUCAGCAAGCGCCAUCCAUCCACCAGGAUCUAUAGCAACAGCCACCAGUCUCUACAAUUCUGAUCCCACAGCAGAUUUAAAGAAAGCCACCAAUUCAAAUGCUGCAAAAUCUAAUCUACCAAAAUCUGGACUUCGUCCUCCUGGAUACUCACGCCUCCCAGCUGCCAAGCUAGCAGCCUUUGGCUUUGUCCGGAGCUCCAGUGUGUCCUCAGUGUCCAGCACUCAGUCUGUGGACAGUGCACAACCUGAACAGAGUCGCCUGAACCGUUCAACCUUUGGGAAUGAAGACCAGCCAUCUCUGAAGGCAGCUCUGCCUUCCAAAGAUGCACCCAAGGGUUCCAACCGGGUGGCCCCGACAGCAUCCUCCAGCACAACAGCACCCCGCAGGAGUUUGCUUCCAGCUCCCAAGUCUGUGUCCACACCUGCUGGAACAAAGAAAGAAGUACAAAAAGAUCAAGAUGUAAAUAAACCUGCUGUUUCAUCACCUAAGAGAAUAGUGGCUUCAACCACCAAGAUUCAGUCUCCAGGAUAUCCCAAGCAGAGGACCACAGCUCCCAGAAAUGGGUUUCCUCCCAAGCCAGACCUGCAAGCCCGGGAGGCCGAGAGACAGCUGGUUCAACAGCUGAAGGAGCGCUGUGAGCAGCAGGCGCGGCAGCUGGGCCUGGUGCAGGGGGAGCUGAGGAAGGCCAUCCGAGGCUUCCAGGCACUUGCCGUGUCCACUCAGCAUUUCUUCGGAAAGAAUGAAAGUGCCCUUGUGAAGGAAAAAGAGCUGUCAAUUGAACUUGCAAACAUCAGGGAUGACGUUGCCUUCAAUACAGCAAAGUGUGAGAAACUACAAAAGGAGAAGGAGGACCUGGAGAGGCGCUUUGAGGAUGAGGUGAGGCGGCUGGCCUGGCAGCAGCAGGCUGAGCUCCAGGACCUGGAGCAGCGGCUGCACCUGCAGUUCCAGGCGGAGAUGGCCCACCUCCAGCAGGAGCACCAGGCCCAGCUGCUGCGCAUCCGAAGCCAGCACCAGGAGCAGGUGGAAGAUAUCACCGCCAGCCACGAGGCGGCUCUCCUGGAGAUGGAAAAUAACCACACGGUCGCCAUCGCCAUCCUGCAGGACGACCACGACCACAAAGUGCAAGAAUUGAUGUCUACCCAUGAACUUGAAAAGAAAGAAUUGGAAGAAAAUUUUGAAAAGCUGCGACUGUCAUUACAGGACCAAGUGGACACGCUGACCUUCCAAAGCCAGUCUCUGCGAGACCGGGCCAGACGCUUCGAGGAGGCUUUGAGGAAAAACACAGAGGAGCAGCUGGAGAUCGCGUUGGCUCCCUAUCAGCACUUGGAAGAAGAUAUGAAGAGCCUGAAGCAGGUACUAGAGAUGAAGAAUCAGCAAAUACACCAGCAGGAGAAGAAAAUUAUCGAGCUGGAAAAACUGGCAGAAAAGAACAUUAUCCUAGAGGAAAAGAUCCAAGUUCUCCAGCAGCAGAAUGAAGAUCUCAAAGCAAGGAUUGACCAGAACACUGUUGUCACGAGACAACUGUCCGAGGAAAAUGCUAAUCUCCAGGAAUAUGUUGAGAAAGAAACCCAGGAGAAGAAGAGAUUGAGCCGGACCAACGAAGAGCUACUUUGGAAACUCCAGACUGGGGACCCAACCAGUCCUGUUAAACUGUCCCCCACAUCCCCGGUUUACCGUGGCUCCUCCUCGGGACCCUCCUCUCCAGCCAGAGUCAGCACGACGCCCAGAUGACGCCACCCCGCAACCCGUAGGAGCUGCGUCUCCUGUCCACCCACUGGUUCCAACUCGAGGGGUAUUGAGCAGGGGCUGGCCACGGCUGCCCUGCGCGCAUGCUCAGUAGCUGCAUACCUGCACCCUAGGCGGAGUGUCUUCUGGUCCCCGUGUAAGACUGUCUUGGUGUCGGAGGAAAGUGUUACCAGUAGUGUCGAUGUGCAAACGUUUGACCGUAGGUAGUCAAGAGAAAGAACCAAAUUUCACUUGUUUUUGAGCAAUGAACUUUCACUGCAGAAUUUCAGGUUAGUUACAAACAGCUCAGUUUUGAAUAUACAUUGAAUAAUCAUUGUGUACUGCACCAAUAUGUGUGUAUAUUCAGACAGAUGGAUAUACACAGGCGGCGAUUCUGAUUUGCAUUUUUUAUAACACGAAGUGCUGACAUAUUUUGAUGAAGGUCAGCAUUUUUCUAACUUGUGCCUAAGAAUUAUUGGGAAAUGAAAAUGCAUUUCUACCUAGCUUCCCAGGAAUAUUUCUACCCAAAAUAGAAAAAGGAAAAAAAAAAAAAGAUACAGAGAAGAAGCGCCUUUCAAACUACCACCAAGUGGUACUCUAUUUAACACAAACACCAGCGAUUUGUGAACGGUAACUGCCUUUGCAACAAUCAGCUUCUUAGUCAACAUGAUGUGAGGUCACUGUUAUUCCAGUCACAAAUUUUAAUUAUUAAUAUUCCUGUCAUGAGUGAAUAAGAGAGGGAGAGAGCAGUGGGAAACCCUGCAGGGGUUAGCAUUUUGUAGCUGUUACUUAUGACCACGAGCCAUCUCUAGUCUUGUAAACACAAGUUUGGCUUCUUAAAUGGCAUCUUGGAAUCUGUCCUUAAGGUAUUGCAGCCCUGGGAAAAUAUGGAAGAGCAUGACCUUCUAGAGUGAGGGUUAGGAUGACCUUGGCGCUCGACCCUCACAAGAGAAAGCUGAUAGGGUCUGUAUUUUGAAUAAGCACUGAGGAAGAAAACAUCUCUGGAAUUGCAUCUGGUCUGCUCUGAUGUGAUGCUGUAAGUGGUCAACCCACCAAAAUAGGACCCUCAGACCCCCCACUUCAUAAACAGCCCCCUCUUCAGUUUGGUUCUGUAACUCAACCCCAUCACAGUACAUUCAGAUGACUCAGGGGUUCUAGCAGGAGCUCCCAGAAAACCAACUCUUCUGUGCUGGGAGGAUCAGUUCCAAGCUUUGCUAGGUCAUCACAUGUCCUCCCAGAAACACAGACAGGCUUUCUGCUGGAUGGUGGAGCUGUGCCACCGCUGACAGUGGUCCCCUUUUAGACCUAGGACGUUCUUGCCACCUUGGGGCCCAGUGAAAUGGGCUGCCGGCAGUCUCGGCUACUGGGCUGGCAUUUGUUUCUGAAAUGAUAGAAUUAGAAUGUGAAAAAGGUAUUCUUGUAGUGCUGUGGAAGAUUAGGAGCAUGACACACAGAGAAAGUAGUUUUAACAGUUGAAAUAAUGAUGAUGAUGCCUUUGUUUCCUGUUUGUAACACUCUCUCCCUUGAAAUUGGCCCAGCGCUGGGCUGUCUUGGAGAAUGCGCAAGGCAAGCAGGUCACAAGCAAGGCCCCACAGGCCAGAGCCAGGGAGCAGGGAAGGCAGCCCUUGAAGGGGUGACCAGGGCCCCACCUGUUUGGUGCACACGUGACCAUGCAGACACACCUGGUCUGUGUCCCUAGCAUGAGUCCAGGUCAGGCUUCCUGGCCUCCAGUACAUCUCAUUUCUUGAAACCUCCUCAGGUCCUUGCCCAUCCUGGGGACAUACACCAUAGACACACAUUGAAGAAACAUUUUUUGAGUGGCUCUGCAUGACGCUGUGUUAUUAAGUUGGGCAUUCCACUAGAGUAGAUCCUACCACGUUGACUAAAUACACGAUUAUUUAUUGUUUUAGCAGGCAUCACCUGCAAACACAAGUUGGGCAGUAGUUCAGCUCUUCCAGUUAGAAACUCCUUCCAGAAGGGCACCUGCUAAAUGCAGUUACACAGCAAUACGGAUUUCAGUGUUAUGUUAGAAUGUGGUACCGUGUGUUAGCCUAUUGCAGUCAAAGUCGUAGUGAUGCUAGAGCUAAGUAAUCUUUCCUUAGGUGGACUAGGACUUUACCCUAGCAGCCCUGACCUUGGGUACGUGAGCCUUCCCACAUGGCCCUGGAUUCUUUCUGUCCCAGGACUCCUACCCCCAAGCAAAUGGGGUGGCAGAUGGCUGUGCCUCCCCCCACCCCCAUCACUGCUUCCCACACACCAUUAGGACUUGGAAAUCUCUCACCCUGAAAGUUCCCUCUCCCCAGGCAGGAGCUGUUUCCUCCUCCAGACGCUGAGCCUCCCUGCCAUCCUCAGACCCAUCAAACCACACCCACCUCUCCAACUCUCCUCUGUGUUUGGGUACCCCUGCCCUCAAGCCACCACACACCAUUCCCCAGGAAGAGAUUUGGUUGGGUGUCAGGUCGCGGAGGGUGCUGGCGGGAGGUUCCACUUGCUGAUUAUCUGAAUGGGGUCACACAUUUCUCUGGCCCCUCCAGUUUCUGUGUUGCAUAUUUGUGUUUGAAGCAUAUUAAAAUUCACUUGAGGGAGCCUCUGUGAGAUGCCCUUGGUGUAACUAACUGUCCCUCUCAGGCUUAAGGAAAUCCAGGCUGGGGAAGGGAGGCCAGGGAGGCCAGGGAGGUGUUUGGCAGGGUGGGCUCCUGUUCUAGGUGUGGGUGGGCAGUCAUCGAGUCUCAACAACCCCCACCCCACUCCAACUCAGCAAUCUGUGGGCCCCACACCCAUCUUGCCAGUGCAAGAUCUUCAGCAACCCAGACUGGAUUUCAGGGAGCUCGGUGGCUUUGCUCUGCUCUUCAAGGCUGGUUGGGGUGGGGUGGGGUAGGAAAAGGGUGAAAAAUAAAGUGUAAUCCCUU